AAAGGACAGUAUGGAGUAUCUCUCCCAUUCCUAUUUUUCAUUUACUUGUCUCCCUCACGUAAUAUCCCUAUUUAAUAACUUGCCUAGCCCAAUACCCUUCUCAAACACUUUUAUCCUCUUCAACUUCCAACACCAACUGACACAUUCUCUCAACAACCUAAUCUCUCUUUCAUGGCUACCCUUUUCUCUCUCUCGUCCAUCACUUGUCUCAGUUGAGAAAGAAAGGAAAAAAAAAAUUACAAUUUUAAUUUUUUUUUUUGCAUUAUUUUUUUCUACCUAUAUUCACUACCUAUACCUAAGUAGCUAGGUAGACUCUAGGUAGUGUAUUUCUCAGCAACAUUCUCUAGACUCUUUCACUUACAUUUGAAGAUAUUAGAAGCUAAACAACAAAAAAUAUUUCUGACAUACCUAUACCUACCUCAAAAACCUUAACAAUGUCUAGCAGAAGAUCUCGUUCAAGACAAUCUGGUGUUUCCACUGAGAUCUCUGAUGCUCAAAUUAAUGAUCUCGUCACCAAGUUACAACAACUUGUCCCUGAACUCUCAAGGCGUUCCCAUAAGGUUUCAGCUGCUAAGAUAUUGCAAGAGACUUGCAAUUACAUCAAAAACUUGCAUAGAGAGGUUGAUGAUCUUAGUGACCGAUUGUCACAACUUUUGGACACCAUAGACCCUAACAGUGCUCAAGCAGCUAUCAUUAGGAGCUUACUUAUGUGAUAGUAUGCCUUUUAAUAUGUCUCACUAGCUAGCUAGUACUUUAUAAUAUUAUCAUCAACCUCUCUUAUGGGUAACGUUUUUCGUUUCUUUUUUAAAUUUUAUAAGACAUUAAUUCAAUAGUGAUAUUGAAGUCUUAGCCCAACGGUAAGAUUAUUGUUAAUUAGUGAAGAGCAAGUCAUGAGCAAUGGAAGUCUCAUGCACUGACCCUGUCCUUUAGACAUUUUGUAACAACUAUCAUUAUAUCAUUAUUAUUAAUAUAAUGAAUUAAUUUCUAAU